AUGCAGUUAGGUCUAGUUAUUGGUGAUGAAAUUCUCCGUGGGGAUGUUGUUGAUACCAAUUUCGCCUUUGUUGCACAACAAGCUCCCUCCUGUGGCCUAAAGUUGAAAAAGGUUUCAAUUAUUCCCGACGUUGUAAAGGUGAUAUCAAGGGAGAUCCAGAAGUUUAGCAGAGAGUACGACGUUGUUGUAACGUCUGGUGGCAUUGGAACGACACAUGACGACCUAACCUUCGAAGCUGUGGCAGAUGCUUUCGGAGAAAAUUUGGUGCUGCACCCCUCUCUGCUGAAGUUUGUUGAGACAACAUUUGGUUGUAAAGCAAUGGAAUUGCCACAGGACGAUCAUCGAUUGCGAUUGGCUCGGGUACCAGCUUCGUCGAGGUUAAUUUAUGGUCAGGACCCCGAGACGUGCCUCCCAUCGGAGUAUCCUGUGCUCACUGUGCGCAACGUUUUCGUCCUCCCUGGUUUACCGCCCUUCUUUCAACUCGGCUUCACCUUCAUUAAGCCAUACAUCCGGGAUCCAAAUAUGCACUUCUUUGACAGAAACUUCUAUAGCACCUCGGAGGAGACUCACCUCGCCAAGCGUCUGAGCGACUUCGCGAUGGAGUUUAAGGAAUCUGUUCUUGUUGGAUCUUACCCGGUUCAAAACAACCGGUAUUACAAAGUUCGCAUUUCCCUUGAAUCUCAGGACAAGCGAUCGCUUGAAAUCGCCCAAUCAGCAUUAGAGAAGCUACUGGGAAAUGAGUUAGUCGCUUAUGACCCAGAUCCCGUGUCUAGUGCAGCGAAAUCCGUGUAUGGCAUGGCAGAAGAGGAUUCUGAUUUUGGCCAAAAGCUCAAACACUCAAUAGAACUGAUUGAGAAGGCACUCCAAGAGUAUGGAACUGAGGAUAUCGUUCUCAGCUUCAAUGGGGGUAAGGACUGUACAGUCGUUCUCCAUCUGCUCUUUGCUGUGCUAAACAAGGCCACUGGUUCGGUGGGGACCAAACAUCCCCGCCUCUUUUACGUCCGUGCGCAAACUCCCUUCCCAGAAGUGGAGACAUUCGUUCAGUCCGUGCUGGUCUUCUACAAGUAUCAGCCAGCCAAUAUCGCUCACAUGGGUCGAAGCAGUGCUGAUUCUCAAAUGAGACCACCGUCUAACCUGAUAGUCUACGAUGGAACAAUAAAGGAGGGCCUCGCGCGGCUGAAAAAGGAGUCGCCUAAUCUGAAGGCUGUGUUCGUCGGGACUCGGUUCGGCGAUCCGCAGACUGACGGGAUUGUAGAGGUAAUGCCGACGGACCCCGGGUGGCCGGAGUUCAUUCGUGUCCAUCCCAUUUUGCAAUGGGACUACGCCGAUGUGUGGAAGUUCAUUCGGAGCCUCAGCCUUCCCUACUGCAGCCUCUAUGAUGUUGGAUACACGUCGCUAGGCGGUAUGGAGGACACUCACCCCAAUCCCGAGCUGAGAUCCGUCGACUCAACAGGGCGUGUCACCUACCAGCCCGCAUACACCCUCAAGAACUUCUCCUUGGAGCGCUCUGGUCGUGCUACGUCCGCCUCUUCCAAGUAG